GCCGCCCGUGCCCUGCCAGUUUUCCCCUCCCCGCCCGAGCCCAUCCGCCAUGGACGGGCCCUCGGAGCCCCGGAUCCCGGCCCUGUGGGACACCUACGAGGAUGACAUCUCGGAAAUCAGCCAGAAGUUGCCGGGCGAAUACUUCAGGUACAAGGGCAUCCCCUUCCCCAUCGGCCUGUACUCGCCCGAGAGCAUCAGCUUCGCAGAGAACGCCCCGGACGUGCGGGACGACGACAUCUUUAUCAUCACCUACCCCAAGUCAGGCACCAACUGGAUGAUCGAGAUCAUCUGUCUGAUCCUGAGGAACGGGGACCCCGCCUGGAUCCGCUCGGUGCCCAUCUGGGAGCGUGCACCCUGGUGUGAGGCCAUCGUGGGCGCCUUCAGCCUCCCAGACCAGACCAGCCCCCGUCUCAUGAGCUCACACCUCCCCAUCCAGAUCUUCACCAAGGCCUUCUUCAGCUCCAAGGCCAAGGUCAUCUACAUGGGCCGGAACCCCCGGGAUGUGGUGGUCUCUCUCUACCAUUACUCCAAGAUCGCCGGGCAGUUGAAGGACCCCGGCACGCCCGACCAGUUCCUGCGGGACUUCCUCAAAGGCGAAGUGCAAUUUGGCUCCUGGUUCGACCACAUUAAGGGCUGGAUUCGGAUGCAAGGCAAAGAGAACUUCCUGUUCAUCACCUACGAGGAGCUGCAGCAGGACCUGCAGGGCUCCGUGCAGCGCAUCUGUGAGUUCCUGGGCCGGCCGCUGGACGAGGAGGCACUGGGCUCCGUGGUGGCACACUCGACCUUCAGCGCCAUGAAGGCCAACAACAUGUCCAACUACACGCUACUGCCCCCCAGCCUGCUGGACCACCGCCACGGGGCCUUCCUCCGGAAAGGUGUCUGUGGGGACUGGAAGAACCACUUCACAGUGGCACAGAGCGAAGCCUUCGACCGUGUCUACCACGAGCAGAUGCAGGGGCUGCCGGCCUUUCCCUGGGACCAGACCCCGGAGGAGACCCGCCGGGACCCCCAGCCCAGCCCUGAGCCUGAGCCCAGCCCCAGCCCCAGCCCCAGCCCCAGCCCCGGCCAGGCCUCCGAGGCCCCCCACCCGUGACCCUGAGAAUAAACAUGUCGCUCCUG